CGCGGCGCCGGCGGGGGCAGGAUGGCGGCGCCGCGAGUGCUGAGGUGCUGGUGGCGGCUGACGCCGGGCCGCCGGAUCAGCUGCUGUCCCGCUCCGCUCUGCCGAGGCCUAGCGCUGCCGAGGCUCUCGCCGGCUCCUGCCGUUGUAAUUGGCCGACGGCUUCGGUGGGCAUCGUCCUUCUCCCAGCCGGGCCCGACGGAGAGUCAGCCCAGCGAAGGACAGGUCUUCCUGAGCGAGAGCUGCGUAAAGAGGCUGCUGGAGAUCACAGAAGGCUCAGAGUUUCUCAGGCUGCAGGUGGAAGGAGGUGGCUGCUCUGGAUUCCAGUACAAGUUUUCCUUGGACACAGUUAUCAAUCCUGAUGACAGGGUGUUUGAACAAGGUGGUGCCCGUGUGGUCGUGGAUGUGGACAGCCUGGCCUUCGUGAAAGGCUCCAUGGUGGACUUUAGCCAAGAGCUGAUUCGCAGCUCCUUCCAGGUGGUGAGCAACCCCCAGGCAGAGAAGGGUUGCUCAUGUGGGACUUCCUUCUCUGUCAAGUUCUGAUUGGACUUCCCAUGGGUGGUGGACACUGUCUGCAGAUACUUUCUGACAGCCUUCAGAGGAUUUUUUGCUCAUUCUUUUCCCAGCUGCUCCCUCUCGUCUCCAUUAACCUGUAACACAGCAGUUACUCCUGACUCCAGCUGUGUGUGUCUCUGCACUGAGCCCAUCUCCAAGACUUGUUGGCCUUCUCUUAAACAUGAAGUAGCCAAGAGCACACACACGGGAGCAUCUUCAGCGCCUUGUAAGCCACCUGCCAGGUGGUGCUGACUUGCCUGCCCAGUCUUGGAUGUGAAACCACUUCACUGCUUGUCUCUGGCUGUAUAUAUGUGUGUUUAUCAUUCUUAGUGAAAAAAAAAGUCCUUGAGAUGGAUUGGUAUUGCUUAUGCAUUCCCAUGUGGGUAGAAUCUGAGUUCUUUCAGGCUACUGUUGCUUAUCCCUUGUUUUCCAGCUGGGUAGGACUUGGAGUCUCUCUGCCAUGCACUUCUCAGUGUGCCUGUCUCUCCAGUCCUCAACUCACUGGAGGCCUUUCCAGAUACUUUGCUAUUCUCUUAACCAGAAGCCUUCUCUUGGUCCCAGAAAUGUGUAGGGGUUUUGCUGUCAGGCCCUGGGAUGAAAGUUUUUACUCAUUCAGAGUAAGUGAAGCUAAAAAAUUAAGUUGGGAAGAAUUAAUAGCUAAUUUAUUAAAAAAACCCCAAGUUAUAUAUAUAAAUAAAACAUACAGCUCUCCACUCCCAAGUACUAUUUUAGGCUUUUUCUAAACUUGACUAGGAAUUUUGUGUCAUGCAAACUCUCGGGUUUCAUAGUGUAUCUGCUGCCUUCCCUUGGCAACAGGAAGGGAAGCUCAGGUGGCAGAGCAGAAUCAGGAGUACUGCUUAAGGCUCUUCAGUCCUUUUGACUGAGUUAUCUGAAAAUCUUUUCAGUAACUUGCUUCACUGUUUAAUGUCUAUCUAACUUGUACCUGGUUUGAUGAAAGAGUGAAAUAUCUCCUUUCCUUUCUGUAACUCUCAUGGAAUGGGAAAUCUGGAAGUUUCCUGAAUAACUUCCUUUUGAUUAGUUGCUUUCUGUAGCUUUUUAUCUGCCACUAGAUGUCUUUUAAAUCAAAGUGAUUCACCUGCUUCUGGGCAAAAGGAAAGAUGGGGAAGCUAUUUUUGUUCCCUCGUGUUUUAACUGAUCAUAACCAAAUUGUCUUAAGACAUGAGUCUUUCGUGUGAGUGUGGGAGCACGAGCACUGCAAGACUUUGGUCUCAAGGAGACGCUUGUGGCAAACUAUGAGCUUUUCAAGGCUCCCUGCCAUAGGCAUUUUUGUUGUGAAGCAUCCCAAACGCCUGUCUAAACUAAUCAGCUGUGCACCUGCACAGCAUUGAUUUGCCUGUUGAUUUCUAGUGCUCAGAGAGUUGAUAGCAUGCUAGUUUUAGUUUCAUCCAUAGAUGUUACAGGAGUUCGUGUGUGAUCUGCUGUGGUUUGUCAUAUGGAUGGGAUUUGGAGCAGCAACUCUUUUGGUUCAGCUGUUGUUAUUUCCAUUUCCUGCAGUCAACAAGGUCCACCUAGUUACGGUGCUGCCGGGGGGGAGCAGGAUGGAGCAGUUCAUUUUGCACAAGAGAGUAAAAGGAGGGAAUUAAAAGACUUGUCUAAACCCCUGCAGGAUGGUUUGGCCCUACUCUUACGUUCCCAGAUCUUGAAUGUGAUGUCGGGUAGAACUGCCUUUGAAAGUGUGAGAUCUAAAAGUUUGCAUAGGUAGAAGACAUUAGAUGAACUCAAUUUCUUUCAGCUGGCAUAACCAAGCAAUGAAGCCUGGCAGGAGGAAUUGCUUUCUGAACCACAAAGUACAGAUUUGCCCAUGAUCCAUUUCACACAGUCUCACCUUGGCUAAAUCUCUUUUGACGUCUUUUAUGGGGAAUAACAGAAGGUCAGCAGUAGUGCUGGGGAGCUCCCGAGGCGUCUGUCCCUACUCUGAGGCCUGCCUUUGUCCCAGGGAAGCACACAGCCUCCAGAUGGGAUUACUGCUUUUACUGAAUGUAAACGUGCCGUGUCCGCCUGAGCUAGCCAGGGCCCACCUGCCUUCCCUUGCUCUGCCCGGAUGAAGUAAAGCAAGGCAGCGCCGUGCCUGUGGAGUGCCGCCCCUCGCUCCCCAGCACCGCGCGGGAGAUGAGGACACGCGCUCUGCCUGCCGCUCUGGCAGUACUGCUCUAACCGCACUAGGUGGACCCCUUACUCCUUGGGAGCUGCUGCGCUGGACAUCCAAGGCGUUUCAGCUUCCAUCAGGGGUGAGGUUGGAUCUGCUCUGUGAAGGACCUUGGCAAGAGCAAAAGUUUCUUUGCUGCUGCCUGUUUUGGAGGCAGGCUGGAGCUGAGUUGGUCUGGUAUUGGCAGCAGCGUGGUCUCUAGAUCAGAGAAGCUGCUAGGAGCUGGAGAGGUUCCAGCUGCACCACAUGCUGCUCUUGGCCUCCUACUCCUGCUUCCUGGGAGCAGCUGGAAUCUGCUGUCCCAAGCUACUGGCCUUCCAGUUCCUAGCAGGGGAUGGGUGCAAAGGGCUGUCUGUCACCUCCAGAGUGCUCCUGACUAUACAUUUUAAAAGCUUGUCACUUCAUCAGAAGUGGAAAUCUGCUGUCCGUGUUAGGAAGUCGCCAAAAGGGAGUGUGUUAGCACAGAGGGGUGAAAGUCCCCUUGGUGAAUUUUAUCUCUGUAAUCUGAAAGGGCCAGAUCCUGGCAUCUGUGGUAGGGAGAAAAGAAUCCUGUCAAGGAUUGUACACUGAACAGUCUUAGGGGGCAAAGAUGGCACCUUGCUCUAGGCUAUGGGGCAAGACCAGCGGCACCAAGAGAAGGGUGUGGAGGAUUGGAGAGGGGAUUUGGCUCUGCCUGGGCUGCAAGGAGCUUCCAAGGUGUGCCUGUGAGGGGUCUGUGGGGUGAGGGUAGGUGGGAGCCUUUGUACUGAGCUCCUGAGAAAAAGGAGUACAGAGCUGGAGGUGCCGCCUUCGCUUAAUGGCACAUGAGAAACUGCAGUGGAAAAUCUUUCUCUGCUCCCACAUGAAGAAGGAGGAUUCUCUCAGUUCACCCACCUGACAAGGAAUGAAUGAUCAAGAAGGAUAUUUAUGGAAAGAUCUGUUAAGAUGAAACUUAAGGGGAAAGGGCAUCAUUGCCAAUGUCCCUUACAGACAGGUAGAAGAGGAUGGAAUAGAAAUCCUCACCUUGGUGAGUGCUCGUUGGAGCUCUGCAGGGACUGGUUAGUAGAAGACAAGCACAUCCUCUGCCUGGGACUCAGUUCUUCACAUUUGGGUAUCUACCAUUGCCCAUCAGCUGUGAGUCUGCGUCCUGGUGUGGAGCCAGGCAGUGGUAGAGAAAUGGGUGAUUUUUGUCAUGCCCCUUUUCUUGUGGUUUAGGGGUAUGCAUGGGAGUGCUGUGCUCACCCAGCUGGGCUUUGUGGCACCACCUGUGGUGAGCUGGGAAGACAGCUAGGGGUGAGAAGCCAGUAUCCCUCAGGUGCCUCCUUCCUUCUGCCGUAGGGCUUGCCUGAAGCCAGCACCUGCAGAGAAAUCACCGAGUGGUGGAGGAGGCAGUCACAGGGAGGCAGAAGUGCACAAAAGAAAGCUUCUCUUGUCUGUAUCCUACACUGUGAAGGCAAACACUUUUGUAUCAAGGCUGUCUUAAACCUUGCAAGCAUUUCAAACCUCUGACAGCAGGAAGGAAAAAACCCAGUGGUAUAAACCUGCUGUUCACACUGUUAGCUGGGACUGGCCAGAGGAGUUCACUGAAUUCAGAGCAGGCAUGCUGUAUUUCCAGGAUGAGCUGCUGCAACACGUGCUUGAGGACUGAAGCACACACUGUGCCAGCAAGCGCAGCAGUCAGGUCAUCGGCAGAGGGUAUCAUAGGAUGUGCACCACUUUGGUGCUUUAUUCUCCUUGCCUGUUCUCUUGCCUGUGGGGCAAAGCUCUCACCCAGCGUUCACCCUGCUUCUCUGGAAUGGGCUGUAGCUGCUGGGGAGAUGGGCAGCAGGGGGAGGGAUAACCUUGGCCUAAUGAUGUGUUUGGUACCACUCUCAUCCAGCCUGGAGAGUGAGCCACGAUUCAUGGAGACAGCACUGGCGAGAGUAACCUGCAGCAACCUCUACUGUAUCAAAUGCUUAUCCCCAUUUGAAUCCCCAAACCAAAUGUUAGGGGCUCGAUGUAGGAUGUAGGUGCAGUUUGGCUCUUGCUGGGUUCUGAGGAAUGUUUGCUCUGUGUGGUUUCCAGGUUUAGGCUGCAGUUGGCUUGGAUUUGUGCAGAUGCCCGCCCAGGACACUGUAGCUGGUGGGUUUAGCACCCAGGCAUGGACGGGCAGGCAGUGGUGAGGCAGCCCAGGCUGCUGCUGACAGCAAGCUGGGCUGUUACUACCAGCUGUGAUUCCUGGCCCCGCGGGAGCCCUGUGCACGGUGCUUCCUGCCUCUGGCCUACCCGCCGCUUGCACAGCUCUUAAUAUUUCCUGCUUGAGCAAUAAGAGUUUAUGGCCCUAGUCUUUGUGGUUGAUUAGAGCCCAAGUUUGUGCCCCUGUUUUAAUCAGUGCUCAUUUACCUUUGGCAUCCUUCAGAGGAACAGAAUGGUAUGUCUUUCAGUUGCCAUGGAAACAGUGAGACUAAAUGCACAUUUCCAUGGCAACCUGCCAUUAUCUUCAGCUCUAUCUGUGGGUCUCAUUUUCUGACCAUGGGGGUGGGGAUGGUGAAAAUGGAACUUCAUCUCUUAAAAAUUAAAACAAAAAAGAAAAGGAAAAGAGAGAUGCUACCACCACCAGCAGCACCAUCAUCACCACCCCUGCUCCUCCUCUGGCUCGGGCUUGGGGCUGAGAGAGGCCUAUGACUGCUGCUGCCAUCCUGUGUGUAUGGGCUCCGAGGGAUUGUCUUCAGUUUCUUUUCUCCUUUACCCUUCUAAAAAUAGAGACGUUCAGAACAAUUUGAUGAUAAUGUUCCAGCACUUCUCUGAGCUCUUUGUUUCGUCAACUAACGCUCCUAGAAAAGGCCCUUGAAGUUAAUUGAAGUUUCCAACAGAUUCCAAAGGUCAAUGUGUCUCAGCUCCUUUUGGUCUGCAGGGCCCCAGGUUAAUUAUGGGGUCGAAGACUCCAAGGAGUAGCCUUUGUCUGCUGAGACUGGAGGCAUCUGGGCACAUCACGUUAACCUCAGGAGUGAGGGACCUUCUUGCAAGGAGGGCAGCACAGACUGCUCCAGGAGGUCAUGCCCAUCAGAGAGUCAGAGAUCAAAGGUGAUGCUUAUCUGUUUGCAGGGGAUGCAGGGCAGAAAAAACAGGUAUUUGCUGUAUGAUGGGCCUUGCAGCCCCUCAGCCAGAAGUGCCCUUGGCCGCUGCUGACAUGUCUGCCUCCCAUAGCCACUGAAUCAAAAAAAAUGACAGAAUCUGCUGUACUUUGAGCAAUUGCACACAGCUGUUCCUUAAGCCUGUGUUCAUUAUUCUUGUUCUAGCUGGCUUGACCUUUAGCUAAUUCCUCUUAUUCAUGGUCUGAUCUUGGUUACUGAGGGGAAAAAGCUUGUGUCUUGCACUGUUCUAGCCUGAUGCAAUAGAAUUAUUCAUGGAGAGGGUGUGGUAGAGCUCUCCUUCCACAUCCGCUCUGCUAGCCUUCCGCAGGUGCUGAAGCAAAGGAUGAUAAAGCUCUGUCUGCUCAGGAGUUAGCAUGAAAGCAGAUGUGGUCAGCCAGGUGAGGUAGGUGUUGCUCAAGCUUUCCUUGCUGUAGUCUGCCACAGCACUGAUUGUGCAUGACAAGGAGCUGUCACAGUCAGCCUGGGUUCUCUUGUGUCAUCAAGGGGAGAACAAAGACUAUAGAGCCUGGUACAUUGCUGAGCUUGCAGCAUUUCACCCUGGAAGAGUGACUGCCUAGACACAUUGCUAGAGUUUGGUUGGGGGCUAUUUCUGGGAAGACACUGGGAACAGUCUCUGAGAUGUGAGGACCUCCUGAGUUGAGGUGCUGAGCACAGGAAUAAACUCUGCAUGGUUUGCCUGGGCAGAAGUUUGCUGGAGGAUGUGCUGCUGGUGCUGGACUGGGCUGGCUUGGCUCAGGGAGGUACCAUGACAGAGGGUAGGGAGGAAGGUUCGCUGUAGGUUCUCUGGGUGCCAGGCAGUGGCUGCCCUUUGGCUGCCAUGGGGAGCUGACCUGCUGCAUGGUGGCCUGCUGGCAGGGCCAGCCUGGGCUACCCCUGCUGACAUGGCAGGCUGGAGCCCAGGGCUGGAACCCUAAGGAGCUUUGCCUUUGGACUCAGUUGCAGCCCUACUGCCAUGACUUGGGAGGCUUUGGGCUCUUCCCCUCAUACCCAUGGCAGCUGAGCCGGCACAAACUGAGGGAACAACACAGCCCCUCAUGCAGGGUCUCUGCAGCGUGCAGGGCCCACUCCCCACACAGAGCCUGCUCCCCACACCAGCAUCCCACGCUGUGUCCAGGAGAGGGGGACUGUGCUCUGGCCCUCAUGUGUGGCUCCCCGCACCUGCCUGCCUGCCCACGCUUGCCUGCCACAAACUUCAGACCUGCAAGAUUCAAGUUAAAUAUAGAAACAUCUCAGGGAAGGGCUAAUAGCAUUUGGAAAAGAGAAUUCAGUAGCUACCUUUGGUAACAAAGGCAGAAAUAAUGGGGCCAUGCUAUUGUUAACAGAACUUUGUCUACCAGUGCCUGCAAAAGCUUAGUGGGGAGAAGGGAAGCAGUGGGUCUGUGUGGCAGAUCCCUUGGCCUCUUAAUGAAAUGCUUCCCUCUGCUACCACUGUCCUGUGUUCCCAGAUAACAAGCACAGGCCAGAAAUAGGACUGCUGUUGUGAAAGAAGUUACUUAAUCCUCUUCCAGCUAAGCAAAAAUGUACCAGUGAAGAGCCAAUUCACAGAGCAGAGCUGAAUUACACAGGAGAAAAUUGUGCCUGCAAAUCAAAGGGAGCUGCAGCACUAUGAGAGAGUGAAGACAAAACAGGUUGGUACGGGAGAAUAGCCCAGGGAUAUGCUCAGGGGUGGAAGGCAACAGGAGGGAUUUGUAGAGCCUCUCCCAGCUCCGCUGCAGCAGCACAGGUUUGUGGACAGAUAUGGCUGUCACAAGGUGGGAGGGUGCUAAAUCUGUCCAGAUGUCCUAAGAGGCAGAAGGACCUGGUAAGACCCAGGAACCUCUGAGAAGACAAGAAUUGGUGAAGAAAUGGGGUGUAGUUCUACAUGAAAAGGGGCUGGAGGAAUAAAGAGCAGGCAGGUUACCCAAGGGGAAGCAGGGGCUGAGACGAGCCCGUGCCUGUGCUUGCUGGGUAGGUGGCCCCAGAGAUGCAGCCAUGGCAGUGCCACAUUUGUGAAGCCGCUGAGCCGCUCUGCUUUGCUCUGGCUGCGCUCGGGAAGGCAACAGCCUGUGGGAUGCACCCUCAGCAAAGUGCCAAAGUUUCAGAGAUGAAGGCCAAACCUGCCAGAGAACAGGAAAAUUACCUGCUUUUCAAAGACUGCACCUGCUGGCCUGGAGGAGAGGCAACAGAUCUGAAAAGCCAGGGUGCACAAAGAGCCUUGGUAAUGUGUUACAUGGUAGGAGCAUGGGCUAGUUCUCCAAAUAAGGAAAGGCUCAUGUUGUAAGGAGUUGAAUAGGCUUCUGCUCCAUGAGGUUGCCCUCUUCUACAAUAAGCUGGGCAUUGGGAGUUGAUGUCCUCUCCAUCCAUGCUGGAUGUGAUAAUUUUACAGGGCAAAUGAGACCACUGGAAGGGCUUCCCCGAAAAUGGGGCUUGGUGGGGAAAAAGAGGUCCUAGGCCCUCUGAGGCUGAUCCAAGCACCAAGUUGUUCAGCGGGACAGCUUAUUGAGAGAGUUGUUUGUUUCAAGACAAAAUGAGGGCACACCUUGCACAGUGUACACCAUGCUGGGCACAGAGAGGUCUCACUGCUGGAAUUCCUCGCCUAAUGCUUAGAUGUGAAGGGCUUGGUACACAUGACCCUGCAAGACCAGGAGAGCCUGAUCAUAUCCUCCCAGGGAUACUGAUUUGUCUGGCUUCCUUUGGAGUAUGUGCUCCCUUAGCCCCCUCUCCAUCUGCUCAUGUUUUCCAGGUGCAUUUGAUUUAUACCUACUCAUUCUCUUCUUCACAGAAAUGAGUUUUGGUACGUGUCAGUUGUGUGAGAGAAAAAUUGAUAGAGCGAGCUGCAGAGCAAAGCAGCUGGGAUCUUUCUUAGGAGAGCUGCAGUCGUUAAUUAUAGGACUCUAAACCCCAGCUUAGGCAAGAAGCAUUUUCUACAUCUCCCUCCUUUCUUUUGUACCUCCCUGCGCAGGUUGUCACAUCAAAGCCAGGAUUUGGGGAUGAGUCAAAACAACACCCACCUUUCUGAAUAAAAAUGGGAUGCCAAGUGCCAGGGAGCAGCUCUUUUCUGGCUCCCUCCUCUCCCAAACUAGCAUGAGGGGCACUGCACCUCUCCCUGACGAGGGCUGCAGACAGCACUUAUCUGUCCCUUGGGCCUGCUCCUGCUUCUUCCCUGCCUCAGGCAGCAUGGUGAGUCAGCUGCUGGGUACCAAAGCUUCUCAGCCCUGAUCUGAGCAGCAGCGUCCUCUCCUUGGCUCAAGGCUCUGCAGCCAGGCUGGUACCUUGGGGUGCCAGGUUCCCUAGGGGUCCAUUUUGUUAGCCAAGUCACUGAAGAGCUGGAUAUUUUCGUCCCCAGCAGCUUCACAUGUGCAUCCCAGGCAGAACCAGCAGCACUGGAAAGGGUUUUUUCUGCAUGAAUUUACCCCAGGUAAAAGAGAGUGGGGGGGAAAAGAGGGAAGAACCAACCUCAUCAUCCUCAAAAGCUUCAUACUCCCUAUGCACGUGCCGAGCUGAUAUGUUUCUGGUUGAUAAUCCCAGUACAGGCUGUGCUCUUGCCCUGUUUCAGAGACUGCCUACACAGAUAACUUCGUCUUAGCAUCACCAGCUUGCUCACAGCCUUUGCUGGUGUCACCUCAUGAUCUGUAACACUGAGAUAAGAGCACUUGCUGCAGCAGGCUUCUGCCUGCAUUCACAGCUAAGAAGAGAGAGGGCUACAGACAUACUCAGGGUAGAUAAAGCCGAUUUGGUCACUGCACAGAAGACAGUUUUGUGUUUUCCUCAAAGCCUCGCAGGCCUGCCAGGAGAUGUGUGUGCCUAGCCAAGGGAGGCAUUGUCACCAGAAGCAGAUUUUCGUGCCCCAGAUGGAUGCUCAUGGCCUUUUGCUGGGUCUUGGGCAGGGAGAGAAAGGAAGAGGGGCGCUGGCUCGCUAAUUAAGAGACUUUCUCUCUCUGCUGCCUUUCUGCAGCUCAGAGGGGGAGGCAGGAACUGUGCCUGAUGAGAGUCUCUUGUGUGUGCUGGGACCUCUCUUAAAAGCUGCUAAACAUUAAAAAAAAAGAAAGAAAAAAAAUUCCACAAGCGCUUUGAUAGUCCUCACAAGAAAGUGAAACAGAAGAGCCUUUGAGCUGCACUUGUAAGAAAAACCUCUGUACAUUGCUCGGGGAAGAAAGGCUGGUGGAGCUGAAAUCUGGCAACAGUCCCCAGCUGGCAGGGAGAUGUUUCUGUGCUGCAAGCUCCUGUCAUGGCUGAUGCAGAGAGAGGGAAAGCGCCGGAUCCUCUGUAGGCACCUUGAACCCACCGGGGCGGCAGUGGCAUGGGGAGGAUGAGCCAGCUUGUCUUCUGCUUCCAUGCUGGGGCAUGGCCCCGGGCUCUCCUGGCAGAGGCACCCAACCUCACCACAUCACAGCCCCUCUGGGCCCCCGCCUGCUGUGGGAGCCCCCCGGCCUGGCAGCCUCCCCCUGCUCUGCACCCCCCACGUUUCCAUAGCAAUCGCUGGUGUCAGCUGCGUGGGGGAGCCGAUGGAGGCAAAUGAAGGUUUGUCCCCACCCUGGGCCAGCCGUGAGGUGGGAGGAGAAGACAAGCAUCCUGAUGCUUCUGCUGGAGGCUGCCCCAGUUUGCCCCUGGCCAGGCCAGGGCUUGAGGGUGCAGUAGGAGCGUGUAGCCUGCAGGGGCUCUGCAGGUUUGGGGGGGGACUGUGUGCACCCCAGAGUCAUCCUCACACAAUCCCUGCCCUGCCCAUACCAAACAGAUGCCACCCCUGAUUUUGUGUUCUCUCCUCCUGCAUCAUGUCUCUUCCACAGCCUGCUCCAUUUUCCCUCCCUUGUUUCAUUGUCAAUCAAUGAAGCCAGAAAUCAAUCUUUGGCUUUAAUGGAAAACACACGGUGGUGGCAGGAGAGUCACAGGAAGCUUUGAAAGCAGUGUUUUAUUCCUAGGAUGAGGGAAUGGGGCACUGGAGUAAAACUCCAGGGGAGGACAGGUGGGCCAAGUGAUGGAGGGGAGUACUGGUACACAAAGCAGUGCCUCAGCAAGGAGAGGAGAGGCUCAAAAGAGUUCCCUGCACCCUCAGCACCAAGGGGAGAAUGAAUUUAACCAUCUGCUAACCACUCCCCUCACUCCACACACAGACAGGAGAAAGGGGAGACCUGUCUAUUCAGUUUGGUGGGCCCUUUCAGAAAAUAAAAUAAAAAUGGCAAUUCAAGCCCCAAUUGUUUAGCAUUUAAAAAACCCCACAAACCAAACCACAUUUUAAAAGCUGGGUCAGCUAUGAGAUAGAGCUGUCACAUUGAAAGACAGCCAAACUGCUUCAUUUGGAAAAUGUCUAAACAAAAUGUUUUGACAUUUUCAAGAAAAAAUUAUCCCAUACAUUUUCAGACAAAACUUGCUAACAAA